AUGAGAAUAAUUAAUUAUAACCCUCUUCUUAUAAAGCAAUGUGAAAACUUCAAACGAUCUACUUCAAGUCGGCCCCUAACAAUAACUUUAAUGUUCGAAGCUUUAUGUCCUUACUGCCAAAGAUAUAUAGCUAAUAAUCUUGGCUCUUUACUUUAUAAAUUUGGAAACCAAACAAUUUUGGAAUUGGUUCCUUGGGGAAAUAGUCUUUUGCUAAGAAAUGGAAAAAUAUCUUGUAAUCACGGCCCUAAGGAAUGUGAUGCAAACCGUUUACUUUCUUGUGUAAUUAGUGAAGUUUCAGUUUCGCAGUCAGUGCAAUUCACCAUAUGUUUUGAGCGAUCCUUGUCAGCCGAUUCACCUGUAGAGCAAGCAAUGCAUACUUGUUCUAGUUUUAUUCGGGAAAGAUAUCGACAAAUAAAGCAAUGUUAUGUUGGGGAAAGAGGGCAACAGGUAUUAUUUAUUGUCCUUAUUUUUAAAUUUUUGUUCAAGCUCCAAAGACAAGCUGCUCAACGUACAAUGACUUCUAAACCGAAUCCAAUUGUUGAAGUUCCUUAUUUGCUUGUUAAUGAUUAUACACCAAGUUUAGACGGAAAUGCUAUUAAUAAUGUUUGUCUUCCACAUUUAAUACAAAAAUGGGUGAAUUUGAGAAAUGUUUAUUAA